CUGUUUCUGUCUCCGAAGCAUCUUUCACCGCUAACGGCCCCUUUAAGAAAGCAGCGCCGAACACUGACGAAAUGUCCUCGGCCCUGCUCAUGGCUCUCUGCUCGUUUCUGCGAAAUCAACAAGAGACGAAGGCAAGCUAGUAUCUGCAAGCCCCGGGUGAACGGUGCUGGUCAGGGCAGCUCUCUCCACACAGGAGGGGGACGCAACUGGUAUUUUUUUUAUCUCGGUGUUUGCCUGCCUAACCGCUCGACACUCAGCAGGAGACUACGUUUAGUCGGUGGACGGAGACACAAGCGGAUAUUGUCGGGAUGGAUGGACCAAGUGAGCAGUUUUCGCCGCGAGACUGGCGCUAAUUUAGACGUCCUGAGCAGCAGGUGUACUGAAGGAUAAAGCAGACUAAAGGCAAUCUCAGUGUUCAUGAAACUUUGCUACGAUUUACGUGCUGGGGUUGCCGUCCGCCAUGUUAAGGUAAAGCCCAGGUGUGCGGUGUUGACCAUGCUAAAGCGCCUGGACAAGAUCCGCUUCCGAGGCCCCAGGACGAGAGACGACUUCCCAGAUCUGGCCGAGUCGCCGCCCGCCUCCGACAACGAAUGUAGCGACGACAUACAGCUGAAACCCAGAUCAGCCCUGCGAGAAACAGAGGAGAUCCUGCGAGACCCUGAAGGUUCGGGGUCUCCCACCAUGGCUGCGGCCAUCCAGGACUUCCAGAGGUCGGAGUCAGACCGACUCAAUGAAGUCAAAGGUCACCUGGAAAUGCCUUAUUGGAGAAACAUUCUUCCUUCGUGAGUAUGCACGUGCACACACUCAUGUGCACCAGCCCUGAACCAAAUUACAGUUUCAGACACUUUCUGUCUUCUUUUAGAAGUUUGCUCAUAUUCAAGUUUUGUUUUUAAAGAACCUUGUCUUCAGAGUCAUCACACAUUGUCGGUGCACAGACCAAACAUUUUCUGGCAGUUUAUGGGUUCAUGUUAUGGCCUGUUAAAGUGGAAAGUUAUAAUAAGUAUCUGUGUUGUUCAGUGGUCAUAUAGUAGCGUUUUAACUGGUUUUGAUUUCCCACAAGCUGCUUUGUCAUUUAAUUUCAGUUAGAUAUUUCCUACAUUACCCAGAAUCCCUCUUGUCAGUUCCCAGAGAAAGCCUUGUUGUUGUUGCAUUCAGCUUAUGGAGUAUAUGUGGGUGGUGAGAUAAGGUCAAUGUCUAGCAAGAAGUUGCUUUGUAUUGUGGAGAUGCUGGCCUAUUGAUACAAUUAUCUACAGUUCCUUUUCUACAAGUUCUGAUUGUAUAACAAUGGUGACUGUAGUAGAACACAGUUAAAACUCAGCUGUAGCUGAAGAUCUCUCCUCAUUACCUCAUGCUGGCACUUACUGAUGUCUCAUCAAUGUAUUGUAACAAUGAACAUGCUCUUAGUUGUUUUUUUGACAGGGAUCCACUUAGAGCUUUUGAUGACAUGUAGCUUGUUGUUCCUACGGUAAUUUAAAGCAUUUAUUGUAGGUAGCUUUGGAAAAAAGCAUCUGGCCAUGAGUGUAAUGUAAUGUAUCUCUUACAGUAGAUGGUGUGUGCAUUAGCUUUCAACUAUUAGCAUCUUGUGCCUGCUUUUGUGGUUUCACAGUCAGGAGGUUGAUUUUGUGCAUUACUCUCGGUUGCUGUGUGCAACAUGUCUCCAACAGACUGGCAGUCCAACAUAACACAUCAGAGUUAUGCUCAAAUCAUGAAGCAGUAAUGUGUUGCUCAACUCCACUUGAAAGUAGUAAUAAUACCCAAAUGUAUCUGUAAGCAGCAUUUGGGUUACACUGCUUAUAUUUAUUUCAAUAAAUUGAAUUUUAUCCUG